AUGGCCAACUUCAUCGAAGGAAUCUUUCAUACCGUCGAGGGUCUCAUUCAGAGCAUCCUCGCUGUCAUCCAAUCUUUCUUUCAUCUCAUUUACUCCCUCGUAUAUGGUGUGUUCACCUUCUUCUGGGGAGUAUUGGAGGGUAUCGCUGGUUUCCUAGGUGCAUCGGUACACUUUGUUCUCUCCAACAUCGUCGUUCUCACCCUCGUCGUCGUCGGUGUUGUCAUCUACCAAAACCGUAACAAGCCCGGGACAGCUUCGAACAACUUGAAGAAGAAAGUUCAGUAG